CAACCACCACACCAGCAGUGACCGGCAAAGCUGCGGAGAAAUCAGAAUGCGGAAUGCAUCCGUUCAUUUAACGAGUGGGAUAAAACAUGCAUUCAGAUGCAUAACAGCAUGCGUCCGGUCAAGAAGCCUCUUUGCUGCCUUUUGCUGGUGACAUUGCCCCUGGGAAUUUUCUUCCUUUGUCUCUGGCUGCUGAAACCUUACCACGUUGUGGAUGUGAAGUACCGAAUUCCCAGUAUUUCAGAGAACCUUCUGGAACACAGACUUUGGGAGCCCUCUGACAAAUAUGCCCACAUUUCCUUCAAGGUGAAAGAAAUUGUGGCUGGGCUGCUUCCAAAGAAUGACUGUAGUUGCGAUAAGGAGGAACCUGUGCUAAAGCUGCCGUUCACCAGGCAGCUCUUCCAUCAGGUUUCUGUCCACCAGUUUCAGCAGGUCUUCAAAGAAGCAGAGCGAGAGGAGCUGAAGAAACAGAGGCAGCAGGAGUAUCAUCGUUUUCUACAGAGGUCCCAUUCCCCUGCUGACAUGAUGAUCAUUGCAAAAGCCAACACCCCUUUGGAGUACCCUACCCAAGGACUGCAAGUGCGACCUCUGAAAACCAUUGUGAUACCAGGUUUAAGUUUACAAGCUACAUCUAGGAAACUGUAUCGGGUGAACCUGACAGCAUCUUUGGGGACUUUUGACGUGGCAGCUGAGGUCGAUGACGUGACAAUCGAAGGUGUUGGGCAGAUGCACCUGUCCCUCUCGAGCUCUCAGGUGGACAACCUGAACCGGCAGCUUCAGUUCGUCACCUACACCAACACCGUCUUCAACCCCAACACUGCUGAUACAGUGCAGCUCGAGACAGACGGACACCAGGCAUUUUUUGUCAUCAAAAUCCGACAUGCCACCAUCCCAAAACUAUACAGCUCCGGAGACCAGCCAGGAUAUAACAUCAGUGCAUUGGUGACUAUAGCAACCAAAACAUUCUUAAGGUACGACAAGCUGAGGGAGCUGAUAUCGAGCAUUAGGAAGUUUUAUCCCAAUGUCACCAUUGUAAUCGCGGAUGACAGCAACAAACCACAAAAGAUUGAAGGACCAUUUAUUGAGCAUUACAUCAUGCCAUUUGGGAAGGGUUGGUUUGCUGGACGGAACUUAGCUAUCUCCCAAGUCACAACCAAGUAUCUACUCUGGGUGGACGAUGACUUCAUUUUUACUGCCAAUACCAAGGUUGAAAAGCUAGUGGACAUUUUGGAGAAAACAACACUGGACUUGGUUGGAGGGGCUGUGCGAGAGAAAACUGGCUUUGCCACCACUUUCCGACACCAGAUCAGUGUGGAGCAAGGUGGAGAGGAAGGUGACUGCCUACACACUCGUAUGGGUCACUACCACAUGUUGGAGGGCUUCCCAAACUGCGUGGUCACUGAUGGUGUGGUCAACUUCUUUCUGGCCCGCACGGACAAAGUGCAGCAGGUGGGGUUCGACCCCAGGCUAACGAGGGUGGCACAUUCAGAGUUUUUUAUUGAUGGACUGGGCAUUCUCCAUGUUGGGUCAUGUGAUGAUGUCACUGUGGAUCACGCCACCAAGAUCAAACUGCCCUGGACCAAGGCUGGUGAAAGUGAGAAAACUUACAAAGAAUUCCGAUACCCCAAGUCACCAGAAGCAAAUGUCCAGCUGAAGCACGGGCUUUUUUACUUGAAAAACAGGUUUAAGUGUAUGAUAAAGAACUAAGAAUAAGAGCCGCCCUGAAGUGGCGGGAAGAGAGAGACUCCAAAACUAAUCUUUAAUGUUGUGCCCAGUAUCAAGAGAGCUAAGAGCUCUUAAGAAAUGGAGCAAUCUGCUCCAGUGUUUAGGAUUAGGGCCCAAGUUUUACAUAAGUCACCUCAUGAAGAGCUUUUAGCAAAGCUGGGAACUUAGACAUAAAGACUACUAAAGAUGGAAUUCCAGAGCAGAGAAUCAAUAAUUCUUUUUUUAACUGGCUAAAUUUUAAAUGUACUUGUGUUUCAAGUCCAGUUCUGGAUCUGAGAUAACAUGACCCCCUGUUCUAUUGUGUUCUACCACUUCAAUCACUUGGUCGUCACAAGAUGAACAUUAGAACUGACCUGUGUCAGACUCAGUUAAUAUAAAAGCCUUUCUCCCUCAUUUGAAACUAACAAUGCAAUUUGCCAGAAUAAAUAACUCUUUAAUGAUUAGUUGAUGAUCUAGUUAAAGGAUUAUCUAUGUCGAAGAGACCCAGUUGCAGACUAGGUGAACACUUCACUGAGCACUAUCACAUGGCUGUCUGGAGCUCCUGGUUUCCAGCCAUUUUAAUUCCCCCCCCCCCCCCCAACCACCAUACCCACACUUACCUGUCUAUCCUUGGCUUCUUCACUACCACAGAGAGGCUAAAUACAAAAUAGAAGAGCAGUUCCUCACACUCCCCCUGGAUAGUCUAUAAUACAAUGGCAUAAAUGUUGAAUUCUCUAACUUCAGUAACCUGCUCCCUCUGUCCCUUUUCUCUCUCCUUCUGAUCCACCCAGUUCCUCUUACACCCAGUCCAGUCCCCAUUAUCCUGUCAGUUUCUCCUCUCCCACCCACUCCACCUCCCCAUCAUCCACACACUCCUCCCAUUGCUCCCAUCUGCCCCACCCUCCUCCAUUAUUUGGUUCCAUGCUCCACCUUCCUCUCUGAUCAGACCCACCAUCUGCAGCCCUUUGUUACCUUCACCUCUCACCUCCCAGCCUCUGUCACUAUCUCCCUCCUCCAUCUGCUGAUCGCUCCUGCUCAACUGGAUCCACCCAUCACCUCCACCCCUUCCCCUCACCUCUUUGUACUGACUAUCUCCCCUCCACUCUUUCAGUCCAGAUGAAGAGUCUCAAACAGAAAUGUCAACAGUCAAUUCCCCUCACAGAUGCUGUCUGACCUGCUGACUUCCUCCAGCCUUUGUUUUUAUGCUCCAGAUUCCAGCAUCUGCAAUCUCUUGUGUGUCUAUAUGAUGCUCCAUCUGCUGUUUGAUACCGACUAAUGUGUCAAUCACUCACUUUGCUUGUUUCAGUAAUCAAGACUUCAAUCUGUCAUUAGUGACUCAGUUGUAACCAAGAAUCAAGACACUGCCUGGCUUGGACUCAGUUUGAGCAAAGAUUGGAUCCAUACAAACUUUUUGAAAUAUCUGCAUGACUCAGCAGGGAUAAAUUUUGAUUAGAGAUCGUAUAUUGCAUGUCUCUGCUUGUAAGAUCUCCCUGACAGAACAGCAACAGCAAUAACAAGAAAGUUGCAUUUCUGUAGCACCUUUAACAGCAUAAAAAUGCCCCGAGCUGUGUUCACAGGAAGGUUAUCCAACAUGAUUCAAUAUUGGGCAUUGUCAAAGAGAUCUUGGCACAUGAUAAGAAAAUUUAUCAGAAGAGUUAUCUUAAGGAAGGGCAAAACCGAAAGGCAAAGAGUUUGAGAGAGUUUCAGAACUUUAGACUUUGGCAUCAUAAAGUACACACCCUAGGGAUAGGGCGGAAUCGAUUAAUGUAUUGUGAGAGUUAAUUUGUAGUACAUGAGGGUGCCAUUGAAUAGAAUGGAGUGCAGGCGUAUCUGAAUAAUGCCAGUGCUUAAAAUGGUUACACUAUGAUAAAACUACUACUUUGCAUCACCCCCCUUGAGUAUACAUUGAGGGGUAAUGUAGCUGAGAUAUUUAAAAUUCAAUAGGGUUGAGGGAGAGAAAUGGAUUUCUCUUCGGAGGGAAUUCAGAAUAAGGGGGCAAGAUUUUAAGAGUGAAGAAGUGAGUUCAGUGGUGAAAGCAGGACGCACCUUUCCACAGGGUGGCUGGGAGGAAGUUUGAAAAUUUCUGUGCAAGAAGGCUGCAGUGAUGGUGUUUUAUUAGGGAAGAAUAUGGAGGGAUAAAUAGAGUUAUGGUAUGGAUCAAUAAUGAUCAAAUUAAUUGGAAUUGGUGUUAGUUUAUUAUUGUCACAUUUACCGAGAUAGAGUGAGAAGCUUUUGAUUAUGUGCCAUCCAUACAGAUGAGAUGAUACAAAAGGAAAGCAGACUACAAAAUAUCGUGUUAGAGGCACAGAGAAAGUGAAAUAAAGUGCAAAGGGCCAAAUGAGGAAGAUUGGGAGAUCAGGAGUUCAUCUUCAAUGUAUGAGAGUCCAUCUAAGAGUCUGAUAACCAUGAGAUGGAAUGCAGUGUUUGAAGGACUAACUGUCUCUCAGGUGUUACAUCUGGCUCAGUUGCUCGCUCAAAUCUGUGCCCUUUAAGGUUAACAUCUAGGCUGCACCUACAGCGCCAUGGUGGAAGGAGUGCACUGAUGUGACCAUGUUUCUUACAUGUGAUGUUCUGAGCCUUUCAGUGAUUUCAAAGGCCGUGGCCCGAUGUCAAAGAUCCCUCAUCCCUCAAACGCAAAGCAUAGAAAUCUGCGAGCUCCCGCAGUGGCUGCAGUCACUGGGGACUACUGAGUCCCCUUUCACACUUUCCUCUGUGUGCUGUGGCUUGGCAGAGCCGGUGCAGGGAAGUAGCAAGGUCUGGCCGGCAGCAGGGCCAGGCAGGGGAGAGUCCAACGGCUUCCUUUGUUGACUAGUGGUUAGAGAGAUUGGGUAAUUUGUGUGGAGCAAAAUGAGGAUGGGAGUGGAGGUACUAUCUAACUUAAAGGGAACUUCAGAGAUUGGAGAGGCUGGGCUCAUUUUCUUUGGAGCAAAGGAGGCUGAGGUUGGACAUGAGAGGCAUAGAUAGAGUAGAUAGUAAACUUUGCCCUAUUACGUAAGUGUCUAAAACCAGAGGGCAUAGGUUUAAUGUAAGGGUAAGAACUUUAGAAGGGAUUCUCGCAGAGCUGGUGUUGGAAUCUGAAACACACUGCCUGAGGGGUAGUGGAGACAGGGACUCUCGCAAUGUUAAGAAGUGUCUGGAUGAGCACUUAAAUCACCAAGACUAUGGACCAAGUGCUGAUCAAUGAGAUUAGUAGAGAUGGGUAGUUAUAGUCACCAUGGACUCUAUGACUCUGUCUGAGUUUGGCUCACAGUGUUAGGUUGGUACCCGCAAUGGGGAAAGCUCCUUUAAUGUGCGCUGCUACAGAUCAAGCAAUACUAUGAAAUAACUGGUGGAUCUGAGCAUGCCCAGUGACAGGCUCAACUCCGAAAAGUGUGAUCUGUUUUCCCAAGCAACACUCUAAAUGAAGGCAAAUCCAUUAUUGGCAGAAAUGUCAUUCGCAACAAAGAAGUGCCAGCUAGACUUUCAGAAUGGCACAAUGUGACCUGUAAAAUAUAGAAACUGAAUUCCAUGAUGAGAAACAAAAUGGAUUUUCAUAUGCACGUGACCAAAUCUUUAGUCCAUGGUGUGGUGUUAUCCCAUUGCUGUCUCUGGCAUUUUGCUUUUUGAAAAUUGGCUGCCAUGUUUCCUACAUUACAAGAUUUCAAACCAAAAAGCACUUUGAGAUAUUGUGAAAAGUGCUACUGAAAUACAAGU